AUGUCCAGCUCUUCUACCUUGUCUUUGGACCACCUCCCUCCCUCCGAGCAGCUGUGUUAUGUCCAUUGCAACAUUUGUGACACUGUCCUUGCGGUGAGUGUUCCUUGCACAAGCUUAUUCAAGACUGUUACCGUUCGUUGUGGUCACUGCACCAAUCUCCUACCUGUCAACAUGCGUGGGUUGCUUUUACCAUCUGCUACUCAGUUUCAAUUGGGUCACAGUUUCUUCUCUCCUUCUCAUAAUCUCCUGGAUGAUCAGAUCCCAAACCCAACUCCGAACUUCUUGAUCAAUCAAACCAAUGUAAAUGAUUUUAGCGUUCCAGUUCGAGGAAUGGCUGACCAUGAGCUUCCUAGGCCACCCGUUAUCAACAGACCUCCAGAGAAGAGACAGAGAGUCCCCUCUGCUUACAAUCGAUUCAUCAAGGACGAGAUCCAACGCAUCAAGGCUGGAAAUCCUGAUAUAAGUCACAGAGAAGCAUUCAGUGCAGCUGCUAAGAAUUGGGCCCACUUUCCACAUAUUCACUUCGGUCUCAUGCCAGAUCAGACUAUGAAGAAGACUAACGUGCGCCAGCAGGAAGGAGAAGAUGUUCUGAUGAAAGAUGGGUUUUUCGCUUCAGCUAAUGUUGGUGUCACUACCCCUUACUGA